ACGCCGCUCGCCGGCGAGGGGCGGCGGCGGCGGCGGCGAUGGGGAACUCGCUGGGGUGCUCCGCGUCCGGCGAGCGGCUGGUGUCGGCGGCGCGGGACGGGGACGCCGUCGAGGCGCGCAUGCUGCUCGAGCUCAGCCCGGCGCUCGCGCGCUACUCCACCUUCGGCGGCCUCAACUCCCCGCUCCAUUUCGCCGCCGCUAAGGGCCACCUCGACAUUGUGACGCUGCUGCUGGAGAAGGGUGCGGAUGUGAACGCGCGGAACUACUGUGGUCAGACUGCGCUGAUGCAUGCAUGCCGGCACGGACACUGGGAGGUGGUUCAGAUGCUCUUGCUCUUCAAAUGCAAUGUUACCAGGGCGGAUUACUUGAGUGGUAGAACGGCAUUGCACUUUGCAGCACACGACGGACUUGUUCGGUGUGUAAGGUUGUUACUUGCUGACUACGUCCCAAGUGUGUCGUUGGACGAUAGUGCCUCUUCGGUGGCAGAUGGCGGUGAUAGCCAGGCGAAUAGCGGCAGCAGUCCUACUUCUUCAGUGGGACUGAAGUUCAAUGAACCUGCUCGUGUGAGGUACAUCAACAAACCUGCUGAUGGCGGCGUUACAGCUCUCCACAUGGCAGCUUUGAAUGGCCAUUUCGAUUGCAUGCAAUUGUUGAUUGAAUUAGGUGCAAAUGUGUCAGCUGUCACAUUUCCCUACGGAACUACAUCAAAUUUGAUAGGAGCUGGCAGUACCCCUUUGCAUUACGCAGCUGGCGGCGGGAGUCUGGAGUGUUGCCAGGUACUUCUUUCAAAAGGUGCUAGCAGGUUGACACUUAAUUGCAAUGGGUGGCUUCCCAUGGAUGUUGCUAGGAUAUUUGGGCGACGUGGCUUGGAGCCAUUGCUCUCUCCAAAUUCACACACCGUUAUCCCUGCAAUUCAGCCAUCUAGUUACCUGGCGUUGCCACUUAUGAGCAUACUAAAUAUAGCCAGAGAAUUUGGGUUGCAACACACCGUAUCCUCUGUGGUGGAUGAUAGCGACCUUUGUGCAGUUUGCCUGGAACGGUCUUGCUCUGUAGCUGCUGAAGGCUGUGGUCAUGAGUUCUGCAUCAAAUGCGCUCUGUAUCUUUGCUCGACUAGCAAUGUCCGUGUCGAGUUCACAGGCCCGUCUGGGUCGAUCCCAUGCCCUCUCUGUCGGAAUGGAAUAAUGGCAUUCACUAAGUUGCCAAGCACACCGACCUCAGAUGGAUUUAAAUCAAGCUCUGCGCUCACAUUCUGCAAUCCAUGCAUUCUGAACACCCGAUCUGUAGACUCCCCAGCAACUGUCUGCAAAGCUGAAAUCAGGCGCAACCGUGUCGCAGCUGUCUCUUCCGAGUUAGUCUGUCCACUCACCUGCAGCCCAUUUCCCUCGUCCGCCCUCCAAACCUACAGGUGCAGCGACGAUGAUCCAUGCGGCUCAACAGAAACACAGGAUGGCUCCGAGGUGCAGUCUCCGCGUCCCUCACACAGCGCAAGUAGCGAGCUGGAUAAGAGGGGAGAGCAGGAUAUUGACCAGACCACCUGCUCAGGCAUGUUCUGGAGUCGCAGAAGCUGUCAGAGGGAGCAGCAGUGCAACGCGGAGAUCAAUGCUUGAUUCCUUACUUCCUGGUUGUGAAUAUAUUUGGAUUCAUAGCAGCUCAAUGCGGGAGAUGAUCAGCGGGCCUCCUGGGCUGUGUUUCUUUUUAUCCUAUUUGCAGCCAAGAUUUUGGUGGUUGUUGAUCAUGCAGCUUUUGGCUGCCAUAGGUCUUACUGUGUUGUAACAUUUGGGUCACGUUUACCGUGUUAGAUCAUAGCUUGAAAAUAACUAGUCGGUUAUUGUUCUUUGUAGCUGUUUGUAAAUUAAACAGUUUGGCUGAGGGCUUCUUCUGAUAGCGAGGAUAAAAUUCAUGUAAAAUGACAUCAAAUUACACUCUGAUGAUAUAUAUUGAUAUUUCAUAAUCUCUUCAGGUUUUUUCUACA